CCUCUUUGUUGGCUUAGCAGCUGCGACGUUUUGUUGUCAUUUUCGCUGCAGCUGAAAAACAGGCUCGGAUAAUUUUGGUUUUCGUAUUGUUCCGCCAUCGAUAUCUGGUGUUUUCAACCUCGAGGUGUACUCGUCGUAAGACGGUAAACACCCUAGGGAUGGACUCAGACGAGGGCUAUAACUAUGAAUACGACGACGAAGACGAAUGUAGCGAGGACAGCGGCGAAGUGGAGCCCGACGACGACACCCUGGAGCUCGGGGAUGUGGAGUUGGUUGAUCCGGUGGUAGCCGGUGGGGAGCGAGAUGAGGGCGGCGAAACUGGUGUAGGUGGCCACGGUCCUGGGGAGGAAGAGGAGGAGGACUACCGUUUCGAGGUUUUAACUGCCGAACAGAUCCUCCAGCAUAUGGUGGAGUGUAUCAGGGAGGUCAACGAGGUCAUCCAGAAUCCUGCAACAAUAACGCGCAUUCUUCUCAGCCACUUCAACUGGGAUAAAGAAAAGCUUAUGGAAAGAUACUUUGAUGGUAAUCUGGACAAGCUUUUCUCGGAGUGUCAUGUGAUCAACCCCAGCAAGAAGCCUCGGAUCCGUGCUCCAAUGAACACUAGAUCAGCGGCACAAGACAUGCCUUGUCAGAUCUGCUACCUAAAUUUCCCCAACUCGUACUUUACAGGCCUGGAGUGUGGACACAAGUUCUGCAUGCAGUGCUGGGGGGAUUAUCUGACUACCAAAAUCAUAGAAGAAGGAAUGGGACAGACCAUUUCUUGUCCUGCUCAUAGUUGUGACAUUUUGGUUGAUGACAACACAGUCAUGCGCCUCAUAACGGAUUCAAAAGUCAAGUUGAAGUACCAGCAUUUAAUCACAAAUAGUUUUGUAGAGUGCAAUCGACUGUUAAAGUGGUGCCCUGCACCGGACUGCCAUCAUGUUGUCAAAGUCCAAUAUCCAGAUGCCAAGCCAGUGAGAUGCAAGUGUGGCCGCCAGUUCUGUUUCAAUUGUGGAGAGAACUGGCAUGACCCUGUGAAGUGUAAGUGGCUGAGAAAAUGGAUUAAGAAAUGCGAUGAUGACAGUGAAACCUCCAACUGGAUUGCAGCAAACACCAAGGAGUGCCCCAAAUGUCAUGUGACCAUUGAGAAGGAUGGCGGCUGCAACCACAUGGUUUGCCGCAAUCAGAACUGCAAAGCUGAGUUCUGUUGGGUCUGCUUGGGCCCAUGGGAACCUCACGGCUCUGCCUGGUACAACUGCAACCGCUACAAUGAAGAUGACGCCAAGGCAGCCAGGGAUGCCCAAGAGCGCUCCAGGGCAGCCUUGCAGAGGUACCUGUUCUACUGCAACCGCUACAUGAACCACAUGCAGAGUCUGCGCUUUGAGCACAAGCUCUACGCUCAGGUUAAGCAGAAGAUGGAGGAGAUGCAGCAGCACAACAUGUCUUGGAUUGAAGUGCAGUUCCUGAAGAAGGCUGUCGAUGUGCUUUGCCAAUGCCGCUCCACACUCAUGUUCACUUACGUCUUUGCCUUCUACCUCAAGAAGAACAACCAGUCCAUUAUUUUUGAGAACAACCAGGCAGAUCUGGAAAACGCCACCGAGGUGCUUUCUGGCUACUUAGAGCGAGAUAUCUCCCAGGAUUCCUUGCAGGACAUCAAGCAGAAAGUACAAGAUAAGUACAGAUACUGUGAGAGCAGACGAAGAGUGCUGCUACAGCACGUACAUGAAGGCUAUGAGAAGGACCUGUGGGAGUACAUCGAGGAUUGAGGACACGUCCCAGAGCAACGGACUAUUGAGUAUCUUGACAAACUAGAGCGCUGAUGCAAUUAAACAGGGCAGCAAGGGCCUUCUGCCGCCUCUCCUUUGGCAACCAACCACUUUUGCAUCUUUUUUUUUUUCUGUAUUUCUUUAACAAAUAAAUCUUAAAAUAAAUUAUAUUUAAAGAAAGUGUAGAGUAAUACAAAGAAAGUGUACUACAGUAUUGUUAGCAACAGAAGGGAGUCUUCAGAAAGCAGAAAAAAUCCAUUGUAAACAAAUACAUCCUUCUGGCCUGUAUUUUAACCCUCCUCUAAACUUCUUUUUUUUGUGAAUCUGUUCUGUUUUGAUUUUUCUUUUGUCUUUUUUUGGCUUUUGUUUUUAGUUUUUUUUUUUUCCUUUGUUACAGGUGUGAAAAAAAAUGUCAACAGCUUUAAUUGUCCCGAUCGUGUCUGCAAUAUUUAGUGAACUCCUGGCCUGGAUGGCUGAAUAUUGAUGAACUGAUUGCAAAUGGGGCAAAGACAUUUCAGGGGGAAAAAAAGAAGAAAAUAAAAAGAACAAAAACAGCAAGUCUGUAUUUUUUCAAUCUGUAAAUAGUCCAUAUGCAUGGAAGUUAAAGAGCAAGAGUGGCACGUGUUUGCAUAAUUUUGAAAUAUUUAUUCUUUACCAAUCUUGAAAAAGAUGUACUUUUGCCCUUUAGGUUGAGUCUGUUUACUCCUCCCAGAAGCAGCGGGAGUUUGGAAGCAUUGGAAAUAACACGUUCAUCCCAUCGUCAUCAAUCUGCUCAGAUCUCCAGAGAAAAGUUCCUCCUUAUCAGUUUAGUCUGGAAGGGAACUAGAGAAGGGUGCUCAGGUGAUGAGAUAAAUGAGUCGCUGAAAGUAUAUGGUCUAGGUUUUAAAAAAAGACACACAAAAAAACAGUGGAAAAGAUUUUACAAGUCAAAAGUAGGAACAUAC